GAGAGAGAGAAAGUCUGGGCUACUAAAGAAUGGCUUAGUCCCCUUUUUCUCACCACACACCUCGGUUCCCAUGUAACGCACGCGGUCUUUUUUUCUUCACUGCCAAAAAGACGCGGUCCCCUACCUUUUCUUCGUGGAGUGCGUGUGUGUCUGUGCCAACAUUUUCAACAUUUCCAUUACGUUCAUUUAAUACUCCUGCUCCUCAAUUGCCGCAUCUCCAGACUCCUCCCCCGCAAACUCGUCCGUCUACCCCGUUCUCCCCGGCGAGAAACGUCACCGAGCGAGGCUGUCCGAAUCCGGGGUUCUACAACUACCAACAAAGCCAUUAAGUCAUCUACAUACCCCAAUCGACGUCGUACCGGUUCGAUUGAGUCGUCUGCCACCCGUGGACUGACACCACACGAUACCCUCAACCACAACACUCAGAACCUCACAAUCACCACCGACUAGAGACCGCAAACAUGGAAGCACCCCCCCGCGUCUCCGCCGACCAGGCCCUCGCCAGGCUGGGCUACAAGGCCGAGCUCCCGCGCAACCUGUCCAUGAUGUCCAUCCUCGGCCUCUCUUUCGCCAUCAUGGCAGUUCCCUUCGGCCUCAGCACCACAAUGUACAUCACCCUGACCAACGGCCAGGCCGUCACCGUCCUCUGGGGCUGGGUCCUCGUCUCCAUCAUCUCCCUCUGCAUCGCCGCCUCCCUCGCCGAGAUCUGCGCCGUCUACCCGACCGCCGGCGGCGUCUACUACUGGUCCGCCAUGCUCGCCCCCGCCGGCUGGGCGCCGCUCGUCAGCUUCGUCGACGGGUGGCUUACGCUCGUCGGAAACUGGACUGUUACCCUGAGUAUCAACUUUAGCGGUGCGCAGUUGAUUCUCAGUGCGAUUAGCGUUUUCAACGAGGACUUUGUCGCCAAUACGUGGCAGACUGUACUGUGCUUCUGGGCUGUCAUGUUGGUUUGCGCCGGAGUGAAUGCGUUUGGAUCGCGGUACCUGGAUCUGAUCAAUAAGGUCUGCAUCUACUGGACUGGUGCUUCCGUUCUCAUCAUCAUGAUCACUAUCCUGGUCAUGGCCCCCAGCAAGAGAUCAGCCGAGUUUGUCUUCACCCACUACGACGCUUCUGCCAGUGGAUGGGCUCCCGGCUGGUCAUUCUUUGUCGGUUUGCUCCAAGCCGCGUACACCCUCACCGGGUAUGGCAUGGUCGCCUCCAUGUGCGAGGAAGUCCAGAACCCCGAACGCGAAGUCCCCCGCGCCAUCGUCCUCUCCGUCGCCGCCGCCGGCGUUACCGGUGUCAUCUACCUCAUCCCCAUCCUCUUCGUCCUCCCCGACGUCACCAUGCUCCUCGAGGUCGCAAACUCCCAGCCCAUCGGCCUCCUCUUCAAGACCGUCACCGGCUCCGCGGCCGGCGGCUUCGGUCUCCUCUUCCUCAUCCUCGGUAUCCUGAUGUUCGCCGGCAUCGGUGCCCUGACCGCCGCCUCCCGUUGCACCUACGCCUUCGCCCGCGACGGCGCCAUUCCCGGCUACAAGCUCUGGAGCCGCGUCAACCACAAGCUCGACAUGCCCCUCUGGGCUCUCGGUCUGUCUACAGGUGUCGACAUGAUCCUCGGCUGUAUCUACUUCGGCUCCAGCGCCGCCUUCAACUCCUUCACCGGUGUCGCUACCAUCUGCCUCUCCACCAGCUACGGCGUGCCCGUCCUCGUGAACCUGAUCCAGCGCCGCCGCGCCGUCGCUAACUCGCCCUACCCGCUCGGCAAGUUCGGCACCGCCAUCAACUGCAUCUGCAUCGUCUGGAUCUGCUUCGCCGUCAUCAUCUUCUGCAUGCCCGUCAGCUUGCCCGUCGACGCCUCGACCAUGAACUACGCCUCUGUUGUAUUUGCCGGUUUCGCCUUCAUUGCCAUCACCUGGUACUUUGCCUACGCGAGAAAGAACUUCCACGGACCCCCGGUCGCCAAGGAGGAGUUCCAGCCUGGGCCGGAGGGCACGCUGGAGGGAAAGAUCCCGGGAAACGUUGACUCGGAGACGACGGCGAGUACGGAAAAGAAAUGAUCCUCUUUUGGCUUUCUUUGUUUUUGAGAUUUGAGUAGAAGCUGAUUGGUUUGUGGGAUCAGUUGCGUGUACGUAGUAGUUGAUUUGCCUUUUGUUAUGAUACCAAUUUGGGGUGGCUCUCACACAUCCUAACAAUCAUUCAUCCAUUGAAAAUUAUUCAAACUGUAUUGUCCCUAUCAAGUCAUUUUGCAAGAUGUGAGUGUGGCGCUUGGUUAACUAUGAUUUAUGAGUCUAUGAGGUUACGCUUCUGGUGUGACCAAAGUAAGCCCCUUCGAGCAUGUAAACCGGACAGGGCUCGUCGUAUCAGGAG